AUGGCUUAUAGCCAUGGUGAUGUUGGGUCAGGUCCGGCAUCACCGAUAUCUCCUGUACAACAUAAUAAUAUGAAUGCAGAUAUCAGCAAUCAAGAAGUCUGGAGUGAUACUAGUGAAGGUGAAGAAAAGAAGUCUGGUCGUAUGCAUUGGAGUGAGGAAGAGGAUCUCAAACUGGUUAGUGCUUGGUUGCAUCAUUCUGUGGAUCCAGUGAAGGGGAAUUCACAAAAGGGUGAAAGCUUUUGGAAGAAUAUUGUGGCAGAAUUCAAUAGCAAUGUCAGACCUGAAAGAAGAAGAAUAGUUGCACAAUGCAAAACCCACUACACCAAGACAAAUAAGCUCGUGGUCCAUUUCAAUGGAUUCUGGAUUAGAAUGCAUCAUGCAUAUCGCAGUGGAGAAUCUGACGACCAGAUUAUGGCAAAAGCCCAUGCAGUUUACAAAAGAGAAACACAGGGGAGAGCAUUCACUCUAGACUAUUGGUGGAAAGCAGUGAAGGACCAACCAAAAUGGGCAAAGAGAAGUGAGAACCAAGAAAUGGCUGCAAACAAGAGAUUGAAGCAAACUGAAUCAGGGGCUUACACAUCUUCUUCAAACCAGGAAAGUGAGGAUGGAGAGCCUGUAGAGCGAUCUCGACCAGAAGGAUAG